GUCGGUUGCCCGAGUAUUCAAGCGCCCAAGCUCACUGAAAGAGUAUACGAGUUAUGCAUGCUUGCCUUCGCAUUCCGGAAUUGACCACACUAAUAUGUUCAUUGGUGGUUGAGGGCGACAAUUUGCAGUCCCCGUUGUCAGGCGGUCGCAGGAGGUCUGCGAACAUAUGCUUGUUUGCGCUGGCUAGAACCUGUAAAGUCCUCAAAGAUCCGGCAUUGGAUGCACUUUAUCGCGACAUAUUCUGUCUUGGCGAUAUGCUCAGGUGCUUACCUAGUGACUUAUGGAAGAUUGAGGCGAAAGAGGAAAGCGGCUAUAGAGAACGGCCUUGGCGCACCUUCAGCUUCAAUCGCGCAAUGUCACGUAGCGACUGGCACGUACUGGAGAACUACACUCCACGGGUGCGGACAUUGGACAUCAACGGUCUCUCUGAUACUACCAUUCUCGCCGAUGGUGUCUUGGAUGGGAUACUUUCUCACUGCGGGGCAACUCUAUUCCCACAUAUACGCGCCCUUCAUGUCAGUUUCAGCAUCAAAGAAUCCUAUCUACCGCUAUUCUCUCAGUGGUAUCUCGGGCCAUCCCUCAGAGACUUAUCGCUGGGCUCUUCUUCGACAUCUUCUACAGCCGUACUCAUCUCUUUUAUUGACGCUGCUAUUCAAUCGAGCCAGUGCCUUCAGUCUCUCACUUUUCCUCACUCGGUGCCCGACGACCGGCUACUUGAACUUUUAUCGCUUGCGGCGAGACGGUUACCCCAGCUCAAAUCGCUUUCGAUCCCAUUGCGUGGCAGUAACGAAUCUAUUUUUACGGCAGUAGGCACCAUCCGAUCCCUAAACUCUCUUACUCUACUCCCUGGCUAUUACUAUCGUCAACCUACGCUGAGAGCAUCCCCGCGUGCACUCUCCCUUCCCAAUCUCACCCGCCUUCACUUCCACGGCGGAUGGGAGGGCGUUGGGAGCAUCAUAAAAGAUAUGCCAAUUAUGGAAACAAUCCAGUUUGUUUCGGUCUCAUUGUCGAGCAUCGGUCAAGCCGUCAACGCGAAGCGUGUCUUGGAGUCCUUGUCUACAAAAGUACCAGAAACACUACAGGGCAUUGACAUAACGAUUUGGGGAUGUAGGAGCUUAGCUAUGACGGACAACUUCCUGGAGCGUCUGGGCAAACUCCGUCAGCUGACAUCUUUCUCCCUAAGAUCGGAUUCAGAAAAACACUACACCGACAGGCACCUACAAUUCCUAGCGCAAACCUUCCCUUCCCUAACGCGACUACGCUUAGAAUCCAGCUGCGACUUUCCCACAGCGACACUUCGCGGGGUCGCCCAUCUGCUUCGUGGAUGUCCACAGCUGAAGGACCUCUCCCUCGCCAUUGAUGCCACCGUUUCCGCCGAGGCCCGUUGUAAGAAGUCGGCAGUUGACGCUCACAGCACGGCGAUGGCUUCUUAGGACGUCUCAGCAUCUCGUGUCGAUGACCGCGAAUGGGCCGCUCGUAUCAUUGCAAACAUGAUGCCGCAACUACAUGAUCUAUACGUAGGAUCGGAUGGCAGGUGGUGGCGUAAUGCUAAUGCUAGCCAAUGGGGAAGGUUGAGGCGUUGAUCGAUGCCGAGAGGAUGAUCAAAUCUUCGCGCGAUGUGCAGUAGGGCUAAUGGUCAGAUCGACGCGCAAGUUUCUCGUGUCAUAUUUUCGUACCGUCCCUCAUAAUAACUAAUACCCAUGUCUUUAUAUCUUAACCGCUCUAUAAUUACUUGAUGCCUCAC